AUGUACCAGCCACGAAGAAAAACUUACGUCCUGGCCAUUGGCCUGUUGUUCAUAGCCACCUUCUCACUUCUAUCAUUCUCGCAUUUAUCCGGAAUAGACGGUGGUGAAGGAUCUUCUCUUGGCGACAGUAUUGAGAAACUGUCUUCGCAUUUCCAGGGUCCCGACCCAAUAACAGGUUCUACUGGCAGUUUACCAAAUGAAGUAGAAACCGAGUCUGCUGGCGAAGAGGUUGUUCUUACUGGCGCACUCACUACAGAUGACUUUGAUCCUCAUAAAAUAGCACCAAAGACGCAUCACUCGUACAUGAAAGACUUUGAUAGUAUCAAUCGUUACGAGACUGCCGAGACCUGGAGAAGUCCCGAUACUUUUGCACCCACAUAUCCUCCUCCUAGUACUUAUGAAAGACCUAAGGUGCCUCACUGGUCGAAAUAUGCUUCCAAAGGCGAGUUUCUUAAACAGCCUUUGGUAGCGGAUUAUGCAGAUGGUGCUGAAAAGAUCUUCCUGAUGAUCAAAACCGGUGGUGAUGUGCUGUGGAACCGUCUUCCCAUCCACCUCGUAACAACCCUGACCAGAGUGCCAUUUUUCGCUCUGUAUGCAGAUAAACCAGGUUCUAUUGGCGGUUAUGAAGUCAUUGACAUUCUUGCUAAUGUGACUCAGGAGACUUAUGAGUCUCGUCAAUUCGAAAAGUACAGAAAAAUGCGAUAUUUGCACAACCAGCAUGGAGUAUACGAUGCAUCUCAGGUCAAAAUCGACGGUGGCUGGGAUCUUGACAAGUUCAAGAACAUUCCUAUGCUUUAUCACGCAUAUAAUGCAUCGCCAGAAUCCGACUGGUUCAUCUUUAUGGAUGCCGACUCGUAUAUUAUGAUGGACGUUAUGACCAAGUGGUUAAAGACUUUGGAUCCUAACGAGAUUCUGUAUAUGGGAUCUAUUGCCAUGUAUCUCGACCUGCCAUUUGCACAUGGAGGAAGUGUAGUUGUGCUUUCCAGAAAAGCUCUUGAAGAGACAAUUGGUACCCAUCCCGAGUAUCUUGCCGAGUACGAGAAAAAGGCGUUUGACAACUGUUGUGGAGACGUUUUAGUUGCCGAGAUGUUAAAAGACAAGGUUAACAAGUAUAUUUCCAGUGGACCUGAUUACCCACACGUUCAUUAUCGAUUCCAAGGCAAUUCGUUCUACGAUUUCUAUGCCAAGGCUGACAACUGGUGCGAGACUAUUACCACUUUCCACCAUCUGACAGCACAUGAGAUCGAGGUUCUGUACGAGUACGAGAAACUGCGCGGUCCCAACAGAGACCACCUGACCUACUACGACAUGUACAGAGACUUCUACCUUCCAUAUGUGGACGAGAAGAUCGAGAUGUGGGACAAUCUUGCAUCGAGCCAAAGCUGGAAAAAGGAGAACACCGAUAGAGAGAAGCCGUUUGACGGCGAGAUCCUGCCUUAUGAGAGUUUUGAAGAGUGUAAAAAGGCAUGCGAAGCCACUAACUGGUGUCUUGACUACCGAUUCAACCACGAUACCCAUGAUUGCGGACUCGGAGACAGUAUCCAGCUCGGCAAGCCUAUUCUCGAGUGGGAGAAGGAAAAGAACGGCGAAAAGCAGCACCGAAUCACCUCUGGAUUCAACAUCAAGCGUAUUCGCGAAAUCCGCAAGACCAAAAAGUGCGACGCCCUCUUCGAAUCCAAAACCGAAGAACACCCGGACGGCAGCGACCACGAUUUCUACGAAGGCUGGUUCCUGCGUCGAACCGAGAAAAACCUCGAAGAGCAAAAAGACCCUGCCCGUAAAGAAAGGCUGGAAAAAGAAAAAGAGCGUGCCAAAGAACAAGAAAAGGACCACGCCGCCGACUCCAAGGACUCGAACUAG